AGUUUUGGACUUGGUUACGAAACGGGUCACGGUCUCCGUGUAUAUAGAGAAAUGGAACUGUGCUAGCUAGGGUUCUAGUUUUGGGUCUCUUUCAAUCUUAACCCUCUCAGACGCAGACAAACUUUUUCUCUCAGGAGCUGAAGCCUUCAUCAUGGCUAGAGGGUUGAAGAAACACUUGAAGAGGCUCAAUGCUCCAAAGCAUUGGAUGCUUGACAAGCUUGGUGGUGCCUUUGCACCCAAGCCAUCUUCUGGUCCCCACAAGUCAAGGGAGUGUCUACCUUUGAUUCUCAUCCUGAGAAACAGACUAAAGUAUGCUCUAACAUAUAGAGAAGUUAUUGCUAUAUUGAUGCAGCGCCAUGUUCUCGUCGAUGGCAAGGUUAGGACAGAUAAGACAUAUCCUGCUGGUUUCAUGGAUGUUGUUUCUAUUCCCAAAACAAACGAAAGUUUCCGUCUUCUGUAUGACACAAAGGGUCGCUUCCGUCUCCACUCUGUAAGGGAUGAGGAGUCAAAGUUUAAGCUGUGUAAGGUUCGGUCUGUUCAAUUUGGACAAAAGGGCAUCCCCUAUUUGAACACCUACGACGGCCGCACCAUCCGCUAUCCUGACCCACUGAUCAAGGCUAAUGACACCAUCAAACUUGACCUGGAAAGCAACAAGAUCACAGACUUCAUCAAAUUUGAUGUGGGGAAUGUGGUUAUGGUUACCGGUGGAAGGAACAGAGGCCGAGUCGGCGUGAUCAAGAGCAGGGAGAAGCACAAGGGAAGCUUUGAGACCAUCCAUGUUCAGGAUGCAACUGGUCAUGAGUUUGCAACUCGCAUGGGUAAUGUCUUCAUCAUUGGCAGAGGGACUAAGCCUUGGGUUUCUCUUCCCAAAGGCCGUGGUAUCAAGUUGUCUAUUAUUGAAGAGGCUAGAAAGAGACUUGCUGCUCAACAUGAAACUGUUGCCUAAAUUUGAUCAACUGAUUUUAAUGGUAAAGUUUAGACUUCUUCAGCUGUCUUAGCAUAGGAUUUUGGAGAAAUGAUUGAGCAAAGUUUUGUGUCAAACUUAAAUAUUACAAUUAUUGAUUUUUUAUAUUUUGCUUUAUGAAUGUUAUGGAGCCAUUUUGUAGAUUUUUUGGGGUGAAACACACUUUACCUCUUGCAUUUUUUCAAUAUAUCACACCUCUGUUUUAGUCC